AUGAACGACAUCGAAGAACUGAAAAAACUUGACCCUGGUGUUCCAGAUACAGUAAAGACUUAUCACAAGACUUCUUACGCAGCCAUAUCUACUCUUCGCCCCGAACAGUCUCAAGCAGGGAAAACAGUCCUCAUUACUGGAGCGUCCGCUGGCAUAGGAUUUGCAAUCGCCAGGGCGUAUGCCGAAGCCUCGGCUUUCAAAGUGAUCCUCACGGGUCGCCGUAAGGAUGUGCUCGAGAACUCGACUUCCAAACUCUCAAAGGAGUUCAAGAACACAUUGUUUGACGCACGAGUCUGUGAUAUUGUGAAUGUGACCGAAUCCGCAGCACUCUGGUCCGUACUCCGAGUUGAAGGUGUUUCUGUCGAUAUUCUUGUGCUGAAUGCAGCGAGUUUCGGGGGUCAAGAGCCGAUAUUAGAGACGGGAUUCGAGAACAUCUGGCCACAGUAUGAGAGCAAUGUCAGGUCACUCCUGCAGUUCACCGACCAACUGUACAAGCAAGAGGAUCAGGAGGGCAGGCAGAAGUAUCUCGUCUAUGUUUCUACGGCCGCGAUCCACAGCCGGUCUAUUGCAGCCUCUCUGCCAACGUAUACUCUCACCAAGAUGUCUGGCCAUCUCAUGUUACAGAAAAUAGCAGAGGAGGUCGAUCAGAACAAAUUGCAGGUCGUCAGCUUCCAUCCUGGAAUGAUACUCUCCGAGACGAGCAGGAAUGCCGGACUUGAUGAAAAUAGUCUUCCCUGGGACCACGACGACCUACCUGCGCACUUCGCUGUUUGGGCAGCGACUUCCGAGGCCGCCUUCUUACAUGGUCGAUUCGUUUGGGCAGCUUGGGAUGUGGACGAACUGAGGUCUGGGGAAGUCAAGAAGCGUGUGGAGAAGGAUCCCGAUUUCCUCACCAUCGGUUUUACGGGGGUCUAA